CUCUACUUACGAAUAAUACUUUUCCAUACCUAGUUAGUGGAGAAUAACAAGUUUCGCCUUAAUUUUAAUGGUAUAAUUGCUGCAUCAAAAUUCAAAUAUUAAUGACCACGGAGAAGUUUAAUGUUUGACCUGCAAAAGUAGAGAAACUGAAUUGAUGGAGACAUGAGGGCGCAUCGGGAAGCCGUGUAUUUACCAGGGGCGCCAGACAUGCUUCUGUUUUUCAUUUUAAUUUCCUUUUCUUUGGCGAAUGCAAAUGUCCCAGUGUAUCAUGGACAUGUUGAGGAAAACGCACCGGCGGGGACCCAAGUCGACGGGUUUUUUCUACCUGUUGGAGAAAAAUGCCGUACUUUCCUCCAAGAAUCGGGACGCGACAUCGCAUUAGAAGGGGAAGGCGCCUCUGAUUUUCGAUUUGUGUACCACCAUGAACAAGGACAACUCUCUCUGAAAGCCACGAAAACUUUAGACAGGGAAGCAAAGCCAAUUUACUAUUUAAACACUAUCACUCCUGGCUGUUUCAAUGGCACUCUGGACGUAGAAAUCAAAGUACUUGAUUUGAACGAUAACAUACCUCGGUUCAUCAGUAAAAAUAAAAUGAUAGAAGUCGACGAACUCACCGCUGUCGGUUCCGAAUUGGCUAGCUUCUAUGCAACGGACCGCGACAAUGGGCGUAACGGUGCAAUCACGUACUAUGCAUUCCCAGAAAACGAAAAUAUAUUUGUCAUUCCCAAAACCGGACAGAUAAUGCUUGUUAGAUCUCUUAAGGGUGUGCAUAACAUCACCACAAGUAUUUUUGCGAGAGACAAUGGAGACAUCGCGCUUGAAAGCGAGCCGGCGACACUUCGGAUUGAUGUGCGGGGAUCUGUCUACAAAGUUCGGAAGCCAAGAGCAGUUUCCGAGGAACUGUUCUACACCGUAACGGUUUCCGAAGAUGUAAAAGUCGGAGACAUGAUCUUUACAGUUCCUGAUAUGAAGUUUGAGAAAAGGUGGUUCGAGAUUAUAUCCGAGGCUGACUCGCCGGUCCAGAUUGAACGGGACUCGGGUCGACUCUACUUGGCACAACGCCUGAAGAGCUCGGCGGACGUGAUGAUUAAAGUCCAGAACUUAAAAGGAGACGACUGGUACCUGUGCCGGCUGACCCUCAGCGUGCCCGGCACGUCGGACCUGCAGUGGGCCAUGUUCCCCUUCCCCUACCUGGCGGCGGUGGCGCCGGACGCGGCCCCGGGCUCCGUUGUGUACCGGCUCUCAGCCCGGGAUGGCGCCGGGACCCUAGGGGCAGCCCAGUUCCUGCUGCUGGAGGGUGGGGCGGAGCACUUUGAGGUGGACGGAAACUCUGGGGAGAUCAGGACCACUGGCCGACCUCUGACCCCAAGCAAGGAGUACUUGCUGACAGUCCAGGCGGUGGACAAACAGGGCAGGAGGGGCAACCGCGCAUCGGUGUCCAUCCUGGCGGGACUCCGCCCCCCACAGUUCACCAACGCCUCCUACACAGUGUUUGUCCCUGAGAGCACGGGGGCAGGGCAAGCUGUGGCAGUGGUGCAGGCCAUCUCCUUCCAGCGUAAAAGUCUCUCUUACCUACUGCUGGUUAACCCCAGCAACCUCUUCAGCAUCAACCAAGAGAGCGGCGCUAUUAGUCUGACACGGGCCGUGGACUACGAGAGCGGGCACCAUCUGCACCACCUGCAAGUGCGGGCGUCAGAGCCGGGCACAGGGCUAAGCAGCGUGGCAGAGGUGGUGGUGCACAUCAGCGACGAAAACGACUGCACCCCGGAGUUCAUGCACUCCAUCUACAGCCGGGACAACAUUCCGGAGGCCACCCCGCCCGGGACGUCCCUGCUGCAAGUCUUGGCCCGGGACUGUGACACGGGCCUGAACUCAGAGAUCUCCUACUUCAUCCAGAGCCUGGACUUCGACAUCACGGCGCAGGGCGUGGUCAGCCCCAGCCAGCGGCUGGACUACGAGCGGCCCAACCACAUGUACGAGUUCGUGGUGGUGGCUGUGGACAAGGGCAGCCCCCCACGGACCGGCACGGCCUCCGUCAGGAUCCGCAUGGCCAACGCCAACGACGAGGCACCCGUCUUCUCCCAGGCUGUCUAUAAGACCUUCCUGUCUGAGGACGCGGGGCCGGACACGCUAGUGGCCAUCGUCCACGCCAAGGACCCCGACGGAGACGCGGUGACAUACGCCAUCACUGGAGGGAAUGAGGACAGCAACUUUGAGCUCGACAACCAGAAGGGGAUUAUCAAGCUAAGGAAGAGCCCCCCUCCCAAACUGCGCGGGCCCCAGUACGUUCUCAACAUCACAGCCACGGACGACAAUGCCUCCGGAGGGCCACACCCCCUCAGCAGCUCCGCCCAGGUCAUAGUGGGAAUCAACGACAUCAACAACAACAAGCCCAUCUUCGAAGAGUGUCACAACUACAGCGUCAAUGCCUGGGUCCUGGAGAACCAGCCCCCCGGGACCUUCGUGCUGCGGGUGCAGGCCCACGACGCCGACAUCGGGGUCAACGGAGAGGUCAAGUACGGGAUCAUGCACCGUGACGGGGCAUCCUCUGGGUUCACCAUCGACCCCAACACAGGCUUGAUCAGCACCACGGUCAGCUUCGACCGGGAGAAGCAGCGGGAGUACACGCUCUCCGUCACCGCCACUGACCUCGCCCAGGAGCCCCUCAUUGGCAUCUGCCAGAUCACCGUCCUCAUCGCCGACCAGAACGACAACGACCCCAAGUUCGAGAACAGCCGCUACCAGUACUUCCUGCGUGAGGACACGCCCGUGGGGACCAGCUUCCUGCGGGCAGCCGCGCAUGACGAUGACCAGGGCACCAACGCCGCCAUCACCUACUCCCUGUCCCGCCAGCGCCCCGCCUACUUCCACAUCAACCCCAGCACUGGCUGGAUCUACGUCAACCACCCAAUCUCACAGACUUCCCGAAUCAGCCAACAGAUCAUCGCCACAGAUGGUGGGAACAGGAGCAGCUCCGUGGAUCUGACGGUCAUCAUCACCAACGUCCACAACCAGCCGCCUCAGUGGGAGCAGGCUGAGUACUGGGUCACCAUCCCCGAAAACACUGUGCGGGACACCAAGAUAGUGACCAUAAAGGCGACAUCACCGCUGGGCGACCCCAGGGUGACCUACAACCUGGAGGAGGGCCAGGUCCCGGAGACCAACAUGCCCGUGAGGUUCUACCUGAAGCCCAACCGGGCGGACGGCUCCGCCUCCAUCCUGGUGGCCGAGCCGCUGGACUACGAGACGACGCGCUUCUUCACGCUGCGCGUGCGCGUGCAGAACGUGGCGGCCGUGCCGCUGGCCUCCUUCACCACCGUCUACGUCAACCUCACAGACGUGAACGACAACGUUCCUUUCUUCUUGUCCUCCACCUAUGAGGCCACGGUGCCAGAGGGGGCUGAGAUUGGGACGUCGGUGGCCCAGGUGUCAGCCACAGACCUGGACUCGGGUCUUCAUGGCAUGAUCAACUACAUCAUCUUGAAGGACGAGAGCGGCGACUCGCAGCUCUUCAGCAUUAACUCCUACACCGGGGUCAUCCACUCACGCGCCACCUUCGACAGGGAGCAGAAGGGCUCCUACCUCAUCGAGGUCCAGUCCCAGGACAGCUCCGAGUCCGCCCGGCCGGGGCAGCAGGGCCAGCCCAAUACAGACACGGCAUAUGUGCGCAUCUUCGUGACAGACGUCAACGACAAUGCCCCGGCCUUCUCCCAGCCUGUGUACGAGAUCAGCGUGGAGGAGGACGCGGAAGUGGGCUUCGUCGUCAUCACGGUGACGGCCAACGACGAGGACGAAGGGGCCAACGCCAAGCUGCGGUACCAGAUCACAGCGGGCAACGCCAUGGGCACAUUCGACGUGGAGCCCGAGGUGGGCACGGUGUUCAUCGCCCAGCUGCUGGAUUACGAGCAGGAGCAGCGCUACGAGCUGCGGCUGGUGGCCUCAGACGGCAAGUGGGAGAACCAGACGCUGGUGGUCAUCAACGUCAUCAACAAGAAUGACGAGGCGCCCAUCUUCAGCCAGACCGAGUACCACGCUGGCGUGACAGAGGAGCUGACGGAGCUGCCCGUCCUGGUGCUACAGGUGUCAGCCACUGAUCCGGAUCAGGGGGCGGACCAGAGCGCCCUCAGAUACUCCCUGCAUGGCCAAGGGGCGGGCAGCGAGUUCACCAUUGAGGAGCUGACAGGCCGGAUCCACGCCCAGAAGAAGCUGGACCGUGAAGAACGUUCCGUCUGGCGCUUCCUGGUGCUGGCCACUGACGAGGGCGGGGCUGGCCUCACGGGCUUUGCCGAUGUCAUCAUGGAGGUGCGCGACGUCAACGACAACGCCCCCGUCUUCCUGUGCGCAGGGGACAGCUGCUUUGUGGGCCACGUGCCGGAGAACUCGCCUGCUGACACAUCUAUCAUGGAGAUGCGGGCCACCGACCUGGAUGACCCCAAGGCCGGCAGGAACGCCGUCCUGACCUACCGGAUCGUCCAGAAUGUACGCAACGAGAUCAACCUCAACCUGUUCUCCAUCAACCCAGCCACGGGCACCAUCUACACGGUACUGCGCUCCCUGGACCGCGAGGUGGAGGACCGCUACCUGGUGGUGGUGGAGGCUCAGGACGGGGGCGGCCUCUCAGGGACUGGCACCGCCACCAUCGUGGUGUCAGACGUGAACGACCACCCGCCCGUCUUCACGCAGAGGGUCUACACGGCCUCCAUGCCCGAGAACCUGGACAUCAACAGCGAGGUACUGACUGUGUCAGCCACUGAUGGUGACGAGGGCGAGAACGCGGCCAUGACCUUCAGCAUCGUGGGCGGUGACGAGGACCGCAAGUUUUUCAUGGAGACCGACAAGGUGAACCGGCGCGGCACUGUCCGGCUGAAGAAGAAGAUCGACUUUGAGAAGCCCCAUGAGCGCACCUUCAACCUCACCGUCAAGGUGGAGGAUGUGGACUUCUUCAGCCUGGCCUACUGCGUGAUCCAGGUGGAGGACUCCAACGACCAUGCGCCCGUCUUCUUCCCCCAGUUCUAUGAGGCGGGCAGCAUGUUCGAGGACGUACCUGUUGGCACCAUCGUCGCCCAGGUCACCGCCGUCGACCUGGACUCAGGCCAGAACGGGAAGUUCUUCUACAGCAUUGCGCCUGAGUCCGACCCCUACGAGCAGUUCCUCGUGGACAAGAGCGGCUGGGUGGUGGUGGCGGACUCUCUGGACCGUGAGAAGGUCUCCCAGCACCGCCUCAUGGUCCACGCCACUGACAUGGGUAACCCAGCACUCACUGGCACUGCCGUCGUGCUGGUGACAGUGCAGGACGUCAACGACAAUGGGCCCGAGUUCGAGGUGCCCUACCGGCCGGUGGUGUGGGAGAACGGCGCCGCGCCCCAGGCGGUGCGCAUGAACGACACCUCCCUCCUGCUGCACGCUGCUGACCGCGACUCCGCCCCCAACGGCGGGCCCUUCACCAUCCGCUUGUUGAUGCUGAGCAGCGACGUCACCAGCUUCAACCUGACUGACCUGCGCAACGGCAGCGCCCUGGUCACCGCGCUGCACACCUUCGACCGCGAGCAGCAGAAGGAGUACCUGCUGCCCAUCCUGAUGAUUGAUAGCGGGAGCCCUCCAAUGAGCUCCACCAGCACCCUCACCAUCACCAUUGGAGACAGGAACGACCACCCCCACGCGCCCGGGCACUCACAGUUCAUCGUGUACAGCUACAAAGGCAUUCUCCCAACAACUGUACUUGGACAGGUUCAAUCCCCUGACCUUGACGACUGGAAUGAAAAGGUUUACAGAUUUGAAGGCAAACCCUCCAGGCAAUUCAUCCUGAACCAGAGCUCAGGUCAGCUCAGCGUCAGAGAGGGAACCCCACCCGGAAGGUACAGCCUUCAGGUCAGGGUGGCCGACAAGACCUGGCCGGACGUGACUUCCACUGUGGAGGUUGUCGUCAAGGAGCUUAAGGAAGAGGCGGUGCGCAAUGCUGGAUCUCUGCGCCUGUCCAACAUCACGGUGGAGGAGUUCUUUGCGGCUCCAGAGGGUCAGGAGAGCAGGUACUCCCGGCUGGAGCGGCUCCUGUCGGAGGUCCUGCAGACGGACCGGGACAACGUGCACGUCUUCAGUGUGGCCAAUGGCAGCCGGAGCGCCCGCGAGGUCAGCGUGUGGUUCGCCGCCCACGGGUCGCCCUACUAUAAGCCUGAGAAGCUCCAUGGCAAUGUGGCCACGCACAAAGCAAAGCUGGAGGCUGUCCUGGGCGUGGCCAUUUCCCAGGUGGGGGUGGACGAGUGCGCCUACAGCGACUGCAGCCAGACCGGGGGCUGCUCCAGCACCGUCAGCUUCAGCGACGCCCCCGCCGUGCUCAACGGCGGGAACGCCUCGCUCAUCUCUGUCUCAGCGUCAGUCAAAGCCCAGUGCGGCUGCUCGGCCCGCGAAAGCCUGCACCUUUCCUGCGCCUCCUACCCCCGCAGUCCCUGCCUCAAUGGGGGCACCUGCGUCGACAGCGAGCUGGGCUACAGAUGUAAAUGCCCCCCUAUGUUUGAUGGCCCAGAGUGCCAGCAGACCAAGCACACUUUCCGUGGCCACGGCUAUGCCUGGUUUCCUCCCAUAAGGCCCUGCUUCCAGAGCCACAUCUCUCUGGAGUUCAUCACGGAGUCAGCCAAUGGGCUGCUUCUCUACAACGGGCCCCUGGGGCCACUCCAUCCCGGGGACAAGGAGGACUUCAUUGCCCUGGAGCUGAAGAGCGGGGUCCCGUCUCUCAGCGUGAGUCACGGCUCGGGGACCCUGACGCUGCAGCUGCCUUCCAGGGCCACCGUCACUGACCGCCGCUGGCACCGCCUGGACAUCAUCAGCGACGGAAAGACUGUUCAGCUUGUCCUGGACCGCUGUUCCGGGGCAGCGGUGAAUGAGGUGGAGGGUCUGGGAGUGGAGAUGAUGGAGACUGACCAGUCUGUCUGCAAAGCAUCAGGCGAGACCCCCGGGACAGACAGGUUCCUCAACGUGAACCAGCCCCUGCAGCUGGGGGGUGUGAAGGACUCCCUCCCGCUCCGACGGACGCACCCGCACUUCAAGGGCUUUGUGGGCUGUCUGAGGAACCUGGUCGUGGACAGCCAGGUGUAUGACCUGGGCAACCCCGCGGAGAGUCUGAACAGCACCCCUGGGUGUGGCCUGACCGACGGGGUGUGUCUGACGGCCGGGGGGCCCUCCUGUGGCGUCCAUGGAAAGUGUCUCGGAGAGUGGGGCUCCUUCAGCUGCGACUGCCACCCUGGCUUCAGCGGACACAAGUGCGACAAAGCGCUCCCAGAAUGGUCCUUUGAGAAGGAGAGCAUGCUGCGCUACCAGCUGAGGGGGGGCGGGAGCCCCAGACGGACCCACGCCCAGCUGCUGCUGCGCACCCGGUCCUCCUCGGGCACCCUGCUCAGCAUGGCCUCCCGGGACGCCAACGAGUACAUCAUCCUGGAGAUACUGGACGGGCACCUGAGCGUGAGGGCGAACCUGGGCGAUGGCGCCCACGCCCUGCGCCUGACCAGCCAGCGGGUGGACGGUGGCCAGUGGGUCCUGGUGGGCCUGCAUCGCCAUGACAACCUGUUCACGCUGCGGCUGGAGCAGGGCGGCGGCUCGCGGGAGGUCAGCGCGGCGCUGGGGCACAAGCGGGAGAUCGUGGUGCACCCCUCCAGCGUGGUGCUGGGGAACAGCCUGCCCCACGGCCAGCACGGCGACUUCCAGGGCUGCAUGAGGGACGUGCGGCUGAACGGCCACUCGCUGCCGCUGGAUGGGCAGAGCACGGAGUUCAGCACGGUGCUGGAGCGGCGCGGGGUGCAGGUGGGCUGCCACUCGGACGCCUGCAGCGCCCGGCCCUGCCGCGGGCCGCUCUACUGCGUCGACCUGUGGAGGAAGCACGAGUGCAGGUGCCCCGCCGGUCAGGUGACGGUGGCGGACGAGGUGUCGGGGCUCCAGCGCUGCGCCCCCUCCCCGUGCGGGCCCUCCACCUGCCGCAACGGGGGUACCUGCCUGGCCCAGUCGUCCAAGAGCGUCCAGUGCCGCUGCCCAGAGGGGUUCCGGGGGCAGUGGUGUGAGGUCAGCCAGGUGAAGGCCAUCCGCCUGGCCGCCCUCAGCCCCAGCUCCAUCCUGGCCAUCAGCAUGUGCCUGCUCGUCUUCUUCGCUGUGCUGGUUGCCGUGACGGUGUGGAACCAGAAGGGGAGCCGCAGUAAGUUUCAGAAGAGGGGCGUGUACCACAUCCCCGCGGAGCACGAGAGCUGGGAGGACAUCCGUGAGAACAUCCUCAACUACAACGAGGAGGGAGGCGGGGAACAGGACCAGAACGCCUACGACAUCACGGAACUGAAGAGGCCCCUGUGCUCCAGCCUGUCUCAGUCCUCGUCCUGCACCACCGCACCCCUCAUAAAGUCCUCCCAGGGCUCCCAGGAGGAGGUGCACCCUGUGGGGACCACAGGGGGCGCCGCUGCCGCUGCCUACCACCACAGCGCCGGCUGCAUCGCCAACUGCCCCAUGGACUUCAAGAGCUACGUCUCCAGGAUCAUCUGGGAGGCAGACAACGACGACCUGGCCCUGCCCAUGGACACCUACCAUGUCUACUCCAUUGAGGGGAUGGGCACCCCCGCCGGCAGCCUCAGCUCGCUCGGCUCGGCCAUCCCCGAGGACGACUUCAACUACGACUGCCUCCGCCAGUGGGGCACAAAGUUCGAGGGCCUCCGAGAGCUGUACCACCGGCCCGAGUUUGUCCUCACCUACAGGGAAGCCAUCCAGAACCACAGCAACAACCACAGCCAGAAACAGCUUUGAUGAUUUCAUGGCCCAGAUCCUCUCCCCACCUCCCCAAACUAAUUAUCGUCACCGUUCGUGUUGCAUUCGGUUGAGAAGUAGUUCCGGGUGGUAGGGAGGCAGGCGGACAGAGUGGAGGGGGACUAAGGCAUCUUACCUCAAAGGGAGCCAGAGUUUCACUUCCUCUUCCGUGAUGAAAUUGCAAAGAGCUUUA